UGCUGGGAUACAAAAAGCAAAUCUAACUGCAACUUCAUUUUGCAGAAAUGUGAAGGCCUAAACCUCAUCAAAGUGCAUGUUAAGAAAGAGAGGCCAUGGAGACUUCUGAAGAUUGUGUGCGUAUAGCAAAGUGAACUCACAGAUAGAUCAAAAACCAUCUAUGAUGAGCUAUUAUUUACUAGAUAGUGUUCCUCACCAAAUUUUACAACAAAGAGAAUUAAAGGAUGAUGAAAAAGAAGAGAAAGCUCGAGGUCAAGAUCGAGAUCAAGCAGAAGAGGAAGAUGAGGAAGGAGAACAAGGCCAAGGACAGCAGAUGAUUUUUGGAAAGUACCAGCAUGUUCAGUUACCACUUUGUGACAAAAGAUAUGAUAUAGAUUAUGAAAAAUCUUGUAGGAAACUUUGUUACUCUAAGCAAUUGGCUUUGGAGAAGCACCGGAUCGUCAAGUUUGAGAGGGGAGAGAGGCGGAAACAGGCAUCUGCGCGGCCAUCUUCAAAACCGACGCAAGAGAAUGAAGCAGGAGAUGCUCUGCAAGUUCAUGGAGGCCACGUUGUUCGGUUCAUCAAGAAAAAGGAACGUCACAACAAGGUGUGCACUUCAAAAGGUCCAAGAGACCGGCGAGUCAGACUGUCAGCGCAUACUGCUAUACAAUUCUAUGAUGUCCAAGAUCGCCUCGGUUAUGACCAACCAACUAAGGCUAUUGAUUGGUUGAUUGAGAAGGCGAAAGCAGCCAUUGAAGCACUCGCUGAAUUGCCCGCUCAAAACAAUGAUUCAUUUGAUACUACUGACUGUGUGACACAACCACAGUCAAUAAUGAGAGACAAGAACUUGUAUCCGCUUCAGUAUCACCAAGGCUGUGAUAAUUGGCCACAGAAGAUUUCGCUUGGAUCGACUUCCAAGUGUGACAAGGAAGAGCAGUUGCAUUUGAACAAUGAAGGAAUUUUCUCAAUGGUAAGCCAAUUCCAGGACUACCCAACUGAACAGAAUUCAACACAAGGUCUCUGUCUUUCCCUUCAAUCCUCUGAAGAUCAGGAUCUUUAUCUCCACCAUUCAAGUCCCAUUGACUUUGAUGAACAAGCCCUCAAUUCCAUGUCCAGUUUAACAGACUCGACUUCCAUCGAUACAGGCCGGUUUCAGAGUCUGAUGGCCAUCAAUUCUUCCGCAGGCAAUGAAGGAGCACAAUUUUUCUUUAAUUCCUUGCCUUCAUUACUCCAACAGCCAUUUCUUAGAGAGAACCAGUUUUAAUCUUUAGUGGGGACCCCUUCAGUCCAGUAAUUUGUUUUCACUUCACGCUUCCACUAAUCCUCCAGCCUUUGAUCAUGGUCAUGCCAAAACCGAAUCACCAAAUUCCGUUUUACUUCCCAGUAAAGGAUUCUCGUAGAGGGGAUUUGUUGAGAUUUAGUUUCAGCAUCCAUACAGGGUGAAGAGCAGAAGCACAAUGUAGUAUGGGACAAAGAGUUUAUUCAUAAAGAUAUAAUAUGUUUGCCUAUGUUUUUCUCAUCUCAUCUAUUUUCAGAAAUUGUCACUCUUCAUCUCUACUUUGAUAUUUUAUUGUUUAUGCCUAGUCUUACCCUUACAAAUGUUGCACUUGUGAAAAUCACCUCUUUGUUCUUCCAUGCAUUCACUAAUAUCAUAGAAAAGACCAAACUCUCUCUUAUCAUUGAUAUUAAAAUACUCAUAUCUGCUGGAGAGCACUUUAGAACUUCUAUUGUGGAUUCCUUUAGUGGUAAUAGUCCAUGCUUGGUACUUGAUAAGAUAGCUGACUUUGAACAAUUUCUGUCAAGUUCAGGUCACCUAAAUAUUUCUUAUCAAAACCCAAAAAUAAA